AUGUCAUUUGUCGGCGGAGGCUCAGAAUGUUCAGUGAACGGUAAUGCCGUCGCUCAGUUUAAUAAACAUACCCAACAAGAUAGAUCUUUACAACAACAAGCGGCUAAUCAAGGAAAUAUAGUACAAGGACAGGGUUUCAAAAAGGAUAAUUUGAUGAAUGCUAGAGAUAGAGCUAAUUUGGAUCAAUUUAUGAAUAAUGGAUCACCACAAAACUCAUUCCAAUUUCAACCUAUGAGACACGAGUUGAAUAUGAUUCUGAAUCAACACCAAAAUCCUAUUCACCACCAACCACAACAACAAAAUAAUAACUGGGCACAAGAUUUUAAAUCACAAUCUCCUACAGCAGCCCCAAGUAUUACCAAAUCAGCUAGUCCGAUGAAUGCUCAAUGGGCAAGUGAAUUCCAUCAAGCUCCAGCAGCUGCUCACUCACAACAACACCAACAAUCACAGUAUAAUCAAAUGUCAUCACAAUACAUGUCACAAAUGGGUGGAUUUCGUCCAAUGAUGGGUCUUUCUUCAAUGGCUUACCAAGCUCAACCACAAGCUGAAAUGCAGCAACAAAGCUCUGUUCAAAACCAGGACCAGCAAGUUGAUUGGGAUAAUCAAUUUAAGGAAAUCGAGGAAUUGACUAGUAAAGCUGAAGAAAAAGUUGAGGAGAUUCAAAGAGAAGCAUCACCAGAAAUUGUGGUGGAUGAUAAGUAUCAAGCUACUUUCCAAGAAGUGUGGGAUAGUUUGAACUCUGAAUCAUUUGAAAAUGACUUCAUUAAUCAACAAUAUGAAGAAUUUAAGAAUACACAAAGAGAUGGUCUUCCAGCUGAUAUGAGUCAAUGGGAGAAAGAUUUUGCCAGAUAUGCAUCAACUCGUGCGCAUUUUGGUGAUUAUCAAUUUGAAGAUAAACAAAACAAUCAAUUCUUGGAUUUACCAAAAGAUCAAGAUCCCUAUGAAAUCGGUUUACAGUUGAUGGAAAGUGGUGCCAAAUUAUCUGAAGCAGCUUUGGCUUUUGAAGCAGCAAUUCAAAGAAACGAAAAUCACGUUGAUGCUUGGUUGAAAUUGGGUGAAGUUCAAACACAAAAUGAAAAGGAAAUUGCCGGUAUUAGUGCAUACGAAAAGACUCUUGAGAUCAGUCCAGAAAAUUCGGAAGCUUUGAUGAAUUUAGCUAUUAGUUAUAUUAAUGAAGGUUAUGAUAAUGCAGCCUUUGCUACUUUAGAAAGAUGGAUUUCUACCAAGUACCCACAAAUUGUUGAAAAAGCAAGACUAGAAAAUCCUACUAUUAGUGAUGAAGAUAGAUUUUCACUAAAUAAAAGAGUCACUGAAUUGUUUCUUAAAGCAGCUCAAUUAUCUCCAAACAAAGCAAACAUGGAUGCCGAUGUACAAAUGGGUUUAGGUGUUUUGUUUUAUGCCAAUGAAGAGUUUGACAAGACUAUUGAUUGUUUCAAGGCUGCUUUGUCUAUCAGACCUGAUGAUGCUGUUUUGUGGAAUAGAUUGGGUGCUUCAUUAGCAAACUCAAAUAGAUCGGAAGAAGCUGUUGAUGCUUAUUUCAAGGCUUUACAAUUGAAACCUACUUUUGUUAGAGCAAGAUAUAAUUUGGGAGUUUCAUGUAUUAACAUUGGAUGUUAUAAAGAAGCUGCUGAACACUUAUUGAGUGGGUUAUCCAUGCAUCAAGUAGAAGGUGUCGAUACUGUUUCAACUUUGAACCAUAAUCAAUCGACUUCGUUGACCGAAACUUUGAAAAGAGCAUUUAUAGCCAUGGAAAGAAGAGAUUUAUUAGAAUUGGUCAAACCUAAUAUGGAUUUGAACCAGUUUAGAGGAGAGUUUAAUUUUUGA